CGCGCGUAAUAUAUUUUAUCUUAGAUCAAACUGCUAAGUCAGCUAAAGUCGACUUUUUGCAUGUAAACAGCUUUGCUUUAACUUAAAACAUCUCGAAGUUGUUUAGGACGAGCCAGUGUAAUUGUUCAUUCAAGAAUUUAAAGUCGGGGCUUGCAGAAUUUAUUGAUCAUCAAAUAUUGUCAUCAGAUCUGUGAAUUAUGGCACGAAGCGCUGAAAAAGCUGUUACGGCUCUUGCUCGUUUUCGCAAGAUGAAAUUAGAAGAAGGGAAGUUUGUAGAGCGUCGACCUUUUCUUGCAACUGAUUGUCGAAGUUUAAGGAAAUGUGAAAAAUGGAGGCGACAAAUAAUUGGGGAAAUAUCAAGAAAAGUUUCACAAAUACAAAACGCUGGACUUAGCGAUUUUCAGCUGCGAGAUUUAAACGAUGAAAUCAACAAACUAAUUCGCGAGAAAGGUCAUUGGCAAGAUCGUAUUAUAGAACUUGGUGGUCCUAACUACUGGAAGAUUGGUCCCAAGAUGCUUGAUCAUGAUGGUAAAGAGGUUCCUGGUAAUCGUGGAUACAAAUAUUUUGGUGCUGCCAAGGAUUUACCUGGUGUGAGAGAUCUAUUUCAAAAAGAUGCUCCGAAGAAAACGAGGAAAACAAGAGGAGCAUUGAUGAAGAACAUUGAUGCGGAUUAUUACGGAUACCGAGAUGAAGAUGACGGGGUGAUCGUUCCUCUGGAGGAAGAACUUGAGAAAAAAUUGGUAGAAGAAGCAAUUGCAGCUUGGAAGGAGAAGAAGGGGGAAGAUUUAAAAGAAGAGGAAGAUAUUUACACAACAACAAAGAUCGAGAUUCCUGAUGUUGACGAUCAAGAAAGUUUUCAGUUUCGAGAGGUCCAAACGCAAGAAGGGGCUCGGCCGUUCGUAGCUCACGUCCCUGUUCCCACGCAACAUGACGUAGAGGAAGCUCUUCUUAAACGAAAGAAAAUGGAAUUACUGGAAAGAUACGCGAGUGAAACGUUGCAAGCACAAAGUGCGGAAGCAAGGACAUUAAUGGGCGUAUGAUAAGAACGGGUUGCUAUUGGCCAGUUGUUGUUAAUGGCGGACAGUAAUGUCCGUAUUAUGGAACCCGGGAUGUUGCCUUUAUUUUUGUACAUCACGUUUAAACUCAUUGUAUAAUAAACGAAUACUAAAAUAAACGAUCAUCGCAGGGUA